CCGGCUUAUUGACACCAUACCACUACAAAUGGCGACAAUGACAGAGGCAGUCGCGGUAGAGCAGUAUGAGCUUCACUCGCUGCCCUCGCCACAGACUGGCCCGCCCAGCGAGACACCGAGCGAGACGCCCCUCGACAAUAGAAAGGCACCCAUUUCCAAGCUCCUGUCGGCCGGGUUUUCCUUUUUCGUCGCCGGUGUGAAUGACGGCAGUAUAGGAGCUCUAUUACCAUACAUUAUUCGCCAACACAAUGUGUCCCGCGCCAUUGUAUCUGCCAUCUACGCGGCCAACUUUUUCGGCUGGUUUGCAUCGGCACUAGUCAACACGCAUCUCGUGCAGUCUCUGCAUCUCGGCGUUCUUCUUGCGCUCGGUGCUGGGCUACAAGUCCUCGCGCACGUACUGAGGAGCUGGAACCCGCCGUUUCCGCUGUUUGUGGUGACUUUCUUUCUGGCGAGUCUGGGACAGGCGUUUCAGGAUACACAUGGAAACACGUUUGUCGCGGGCUGUGGCAGCAAGCCGCACCGCUGGCUGGCGUUUAUCCAUGCCAUGUACAUGGCUGGGUGUCUGAUAGGUCCGUUUGUGUCGACGGCGGUGGCGAGUACCGGGACGGAUGAGACGCCGCGGUGGUUUCUGUUUUAUGUUUUUCCACUGGGUCUGGGAGUUAUUAAUCUGGUAUGGUGUAUGUUUGCGUUUCGAGAUUCGCUGAAAUUCAAGACGCGAGUGCCAAAAUCGGCAGAGGGUGAAGAGGGUGACGGUGACAAUGCUGGCGAGAUUGUGCGGGCGACACUGGCAACACCGAGUGUCUGGCUGCUUAGUGCUUUCUUCUUCUUCUAUCUGGGUGCUGUGCUGACUGCUAGCGGGUGGGUGGUAGAGUAUCUUGUCGAUGUGCGCCAUGGCGAUUUGGCUAAGAUGGGCUAUGUGCCCGCCGGCUUUAAUGGCGGGUGUCUGCUUGGUAGGCUGUUGCUGGCUGAGCCAACACAUCGGUUUGGUCCGCGCAAGAUGGUGUUUGGGUAUAUCAUCUCUGCGUUGGGGCUGCAACUGAUUUUCUGGCUGGUCCCGAAUAUCAUUGCAGCGUCGAUUGCUGUGAGUCUGGUGGGUUUCUUUACUGGGCCUUUGUUUGCCACGGGCAUCUCGCUGGGUUCCAAACUGUUCCCGCAAAAGAUCCAGUCCAACGCGCUGGCGCUGGUGUUUGUGUUUGCCCAGAUGGGCGGCUCUCUGUUUCCCAUCAUCACGGGUAUUAUAUCGUCCAAUGUAGGCGUCCAAGUCUUACAGCCGAUUCUAGUUGGGUUGCUUGCUGCGACGGCGGUUGCCUGGCUCUGUGUUCCUCGUGAGAAGAAGGUCAAUGGAGGCGAAUUGCACGCAGACUGAUUCUUUGGUGGCCCAGAAAACAGUAUAUAGUUGGAAUUAAUGUAUGAGAAAUAAACUUAUACAAAGUUUUUA